AUGCUCAGGUACCCGUCCACCCAUUCUUUCAUCCUUUCAUUCUUUCAAAAUGAUCGUCAUAGGUCUCAACAACUGUCCGACUGCUCCGAUAAGGUCGGUAAUUCAGCGAGCGGCUGAAACGACACAGGAUGCGGUUACACAAAUGCAGAUGAUUCGACGGAUACUGGAGGAUAUCUAUGGAGGCACGUGGGGCGUACUGGUCAUCAGAAAUCCGGCGUUGGUGUCUAAAGGUAUAAAAUAAUAGCACGUGUUGAGAACUUGUGGCUAACAAAGUAGUGUACAUCCAGAAGUGCACUGGACUUUUCCCGAUCACAACAACUCCGACGGCUCCCCGGCGUUCUGUUUGGCGGUGAUCAACCAGUAAGUUCUCGACCACUUCGAAGCACGCAACCAAUUUCAGAUGGCAAUACAACGUCUUCAAGACGGGCCAUGUCGACUCGCCACAACGUGUUACCAUUGACAACAUCAUUCAACGCUUCUCGUCGGGAACGCUGCCGAAAACCGGCAAAUUGGGCACGUCAAAAAACAAGGUAGAGAGGACACCGCGAAGUUUUUGGAAUCACAAUUCUUUGAUAGGAAACGUUUCUGGACAUGGGGACAAAACCAGUUCCGAGACGGUAUUCGAUUGCACAGCUGGACAGGAUGUUAGCCGAUGUUUUGGAGGACACUCGUGCUGUAAGACAUAAUCGAUCACCGAGACUUGUCAACUGA